AAUAUAAUGAAUUGUUUAAUAACAUUCACACCAAUUCAAGAUAUUUCAGUUCUGCGUUUUCUGUGAGCCUAAAACAGUGAGCCAUUCUUUGUAUUCAAAGCUUUUGCUUCCUGUCAUUGAAGGCAUAAAAGUAAAGUCCUAUUUGGUAAUUUCAAUCUCCAUAUUUUCGUACUGCGAGAUUUUGACUCUGAUCUUGUGCUCAACGAUUGGUCAACUGUUAAGAAGUUCUUGAGUUGAUAGCAUGGAGCCGAAGUGUGCGAUCAAGAAGGAUGUCACUGAAUUGAUAGGGAAUACCCCAAUGGUAUAUCUGAACAACAUUGUUGAAGGAUGUGUGGCUCGCAUUGCUGCUAAAUUGGAGUACAUGCAAGCCUGCUGUAGUGUCAAAGACAGGAUAGCAUUGAGCAUGAUUGAGGAUGCUGAGAAAAAGGGCCUUAUUACACCUGGAAAGACUGUUCUGAUAGAGUACACAAGUGGUAACACCGGCAUAGGAUUGGCAUUCAUAGCAGCAUUGAGGGGCUAUAAACUUCAGGUGACCAUGCCAUCUUAUGUGAGUCUUGAGAGAAAAAUUAUACUGCGAGCCUUUGGAGCUGAGGUAUAUCUUACAGACCCAGCCAAAGGAAUUGCUGGGGUUAUUGAGAAGGCAGAAGAACUACUAGCCAAGUCGCCUGAUGGUUACAUUCUCAACCAAUUUGAUAAUCCUGCCAAUCCAAAUAUUCAUUAUGAGACAACGGGCCCUGAGAUCUGGAGAGACUCGGGAGAGAAAAUUGAUGCUUUGGUUGCAGGGAUAGGAACUGGAGGAUCAAUAACAGGUGCUGGAAAAUUCCUCAAGGAGAAAAACCCAGACAUCAAGCUGUAUGGUGUGGAACCAGCUGAAAGUGCAGUUUUGAAUGGAGGAAAGCCAGGUGAUUUUACCACCUUUCACCACUUUAAAAUCUGCCUAUUUCAAACUGUAUUGGAUACUAAAUUGGACAUCUUCUCCCACUCACAGAUUCCUACUUCCUCCACACUGCUCCCCUCUUAAAUCCUCAAAACACUACACUCAUUUGUAACUCUAUUUAGAGCAAGUCGCCAAACAAAAAGAUGAGUUGCUGGUACCGCCAUGAUCUUCUACAACUUUUUGAACUACUUCUCUCACUGGACUAAUAUCUAAUAGCUCCUGUCUUAAAUGUUCCACUUGGGGUAAUUCCCAUUGGAACCAUUCUCUCCUCCACUCCAAAUUCCAUUCCCACUUACCAUUCCUCCAUCUUUCUAUCUCCUCCACCAAGCCCUCUUUAAGGUUAGAAUUCAUAAACAACUUGUACCACUUUUUGUCAUAUGUCUCCUCCCCAUUCCACCUAGCAGCUCAGAAUUAUACAUAUGUCAUGUAUUUAUCAACCAACACAUCUGAUUUGUUGAUCCACACAUCUGCCUCAAAUCCCUCUACCACCUAGAUUUGUGUCUCAUUCUUUUUAAGACUUAUCCAGUUCUUGUAGUUAGAUUCCAAGACUUGCUUCCACAAUCCAUUCCUCUCCGUAGCCAUCCUCCAUUUCUACUUUCUUAACAGAGCUUCAUUAAACAAUUUGAUAUCCUUGACUCCGAGGUCAUUGGUUUACAUAUUUGUUCCCAAUUGACCCAGGUUAUUCUCCUUCUUUCACUCUUCCAACCCCACAUAAACUCUCUCUGGAUACUUGUAAUCUUUAUGAUAAACGACACUGACAUUUUAAAGGACAAGUAAAAGGGGUAUGAAUACUUUAA